AUGCACGGUCAGCAUCUUCUCGGAAACUCACUAUCACCAUCCAAUAGGAUGGGCUGUAGGUCUCAUGCCCUGGCUUUGGUUUUCCCUCGUGUUGUCUCGUGUAAGCAGGACGCGCUGCGGGUCGGUAUUGAGAGGGACUCGGGCCCCGAAGCCAAAAUAACGUUGGGCGUUGACAUUCCAUUUAUCCUUAAGUGUCAAGUAUCACCCCGCGAGAUCGAAGAGGUCGUCAGAUCGCACAAGGCUGUCAAUGAUGCCGCCGCCGUGGCGCUCGAGCUGGAGGAUGGCAACGAGCUUCCCACUGCGUUUGUCGUUCUAGAAAAUGGGGUCAUCGCUGACCUGUCGCGUCUCCUGGACGAUAUCGGCACGUUCGUGGAAAAGCACGUUAACCCAUACAAGAAGCUCCGUGGUGGCGUGCAUGUCGUGGACGAGAUUCCCAAGAACGCCAUGGGCAAGGUGCAGAGACUCAGGCAGAAGACCGCACAAACAAAGCUGUGA